ACUACCGGCAGGAUUUGUGAUGCCAGGAAGGAGAGUGUGCGCCUCGCGCUGAAUUAAACCGAGCAGCGAACUUCAUUCAUUGAUUCAUUCAGAUUUUCGACAAAAAUUGACCGUAUUUACCAAACAGUACAUGUUAUUCUGCUCCUACAGGUAAUGUUACUCAAACCGGGUAGCUUUGCUAGCUAAUGUCAGCGAGUUGGCCGGUUAACUCGCUUGUUUACAUUGUUGCUAGCCAAUGUUAGCCGAUUUAUGCUAAAAAUAUCAACAUUAGGGACACUGACUGUCAACCCUGAUUAGGUGGCAUCUGAUCAGCGUGUCUUUUAUUAGCCAGCGAAGAGAAUAGCACAUAACAUGUCUAAAAAUGUGUUUGUUUGACGUCGUUGUGUUGUUAUUUCCCUCUGUGUGCUGGUCUGGUGUAGCAGCUGGUAUCUUUUGUUUCUCCUUCUCUCCUCUGAAGGUGGACGUGUGCAUGUUUGUCACUUGAGCGAGACACAUCUGCUCGAAAGGGUGCGCACUUGUCGGUGCACGUGCAGCUGCAGCCGCGUGUGAAGAUCCCUCGAGUACCAUGUCAGUGUCGGUGAUCAUAAAGUGGGGGGGUCAGGAGUACUCCAUCAGCUCCCUGUCUGAGGAGGACACGGUGAUGGACCUGAAACAGUCCAUCAAGACCUUAACUGGAGUCCUACCAGAGAGACAGAAACUGCUGGGACUCAAGGUUAAAGGUGAAACAACGCACUAAUAAGGAUGUGAAUGGAGCACUGGAAUAUUCAGGAAAUGUUAUGAAGGGAUAUUCCGGCGUAAAAUUAAGUUAGGGUCAAACACACCAUAACACCGAGUUAGACACCCCCUCAAGAGAUGAAUGUUGCCGACCGCUUUCUUCUCUAGUUACACCAACUUUAGUAACGACCGCAGGAUAGCAAUACACAGCGGUCUGAGGAGCCAUACACAAACCUCAACCAGAACGCCACUCUAUAGCCACAAAUAAUGCUCAGAACAGCACCUGUUAGAGCCAUCUGUGCACUACUGAUAAUUUUACUGAUAAUUAAUAAUUUUUGUUACUUAUCCUGAUUAGAAUUCUGAGAGACUGAACAGUUGUAUAGUUUUAAUUUAAAGUUUAAUUGAAGCCGAUUACUCCUGCAGCUCUCCUAUUGGAGGAGACAUGUAAUGUGAGACCUGCAGGUUUUUCUUGGGUAAUUAGUGCAGCUGUGGGUCUUUGAGAGCACAAUAGUUUUUGACUGUGUUUACAUCGGGUCUCGAUUUCAUCAUUAUUAUUUGUAAAAAGUAUUGUGUUGUUAUGCAAAGUGAACCUCCAGGUAAAUUCAAGAAAGGGAAGAUCGACGACUAUGGCGUUUUAUUAUGGAAAUCUGCAUCAGCUACAUGCUCUGGUUCUUCACCUCAGAGGGUCUUCAAUCCUUAGACAGGGCUGCACUCACAGCACCUAACUUCAUCAACAGUACAUAUAGGGUCCCAGCCAUAGUACUAGCAACCAAACAUCUUUUUAGCUUUGCCUGAUUUCUUUAGCAAAGAGACUAAACACAACUCACCUACUGUCUUCCAGCAGCCGCUUGUUUGUAGCGAGACCUCAGACCAGUCCAUUACGGACUACAGCGGGGUGACGCAGCUCAAGGAAGAACAUUUAUGAUCAUUUCUUCAUGGAAGUGCAAUCAGACCAGGACGCUAAGGCAGAAGAACUACCGCGUCUGCAGUGCAAAAUGAUUAAUAUGACAAUUAUUACUUCAAGCAAAUGAUAAAGUAAGGAUCAUAAAUGUUCUUCCUUGAGCUGCGAAACUCUGCUGCAGUGUGCAAUGGACUGGCCUGAGGUCUCGCUGCAAACAAGCAGCUGCUGGAAGAGAGUAGGUGAGUUGUGUUUGGUCUCUUUGAUGUUUGAUGGCUAGUACUAUGGCUGGGCCCUGUUUGUACUGUUGAUGAAGUUAGGUGCUGUUCUGAGCAUUAUUUGUGGCUAUAGAGUGGUGUUUUGGUUGAGGUUUGUUUAUGGCUCCUCAGACCGCUCUGUAUUGCUAUCGUGCGGUUGUUACUAAAGUUGGUUUAACUAGAGAAGCAAACGGUUGGCAACAUUCAUCUCUCAAGGGGGUGUCAAACUCAGUGUUACGGUGUGUUUGAGCCUAAAUUAAUUUUACACCAGAAUAUCCCUUUAACAUUUAUUCUCCAACGUAAAAAGCCGUUGUUCUCCACUUCUGUAUUUCUGUUGAUACCACUUCGAUUCCUCCCUUUAGGUAAACCAGCAGAGGAUGAGGUGAAACUAGGCUCCCUGAAGCUGAAGCCAAACACGAAGAUCAUGAUGAUGGGAACCAGAGAGGAGAGCCUGGUAGGUGGCAGGGUGGUAAAGGAAUGAACAGAGAAAGACAGAGCUCAUUAUAAUGUAUUAAAGUCUUCUGUUUGUUGUCUGGCACACUUUGAAUGCGCAUGUGUUCUGUUUUGUAAAGGAAGAUGUUCUAGCUCCCCCACCAGAGAAUGAUGACGUGGUCAAUGAUUUUGACAUCGAGGAGGAGGUCAUAGAAGUGGAGAACAGGUUUUUAUUGAUUUCUGGCUUUAUAAUGAUAUGAAUAUGAAUUUAGACGAUGAAAAAAAGCAUAAUUAUAAGUGUAAGUCUGAUUAAUAAAUGUUGCUCUGUGUCUGCAGAGAGGAGAACCUGGCUAAAAUCGCCCGCAGAGUAAAAGACUAUAAGGUGGAGGAGCUGAACCCUCCCAGAGUAGGAAAGAGGCUUCUUGUUCUAGACGUGGACUACACACUGUUUGGUAAGUCACAACAACACAAAUACUUGUCUCUUUAGACGUUUGACAUGGUAACACACUUUAAUCAUUUCUACACUUCAUGUCUGCACAGAUUUGACUCAAAGACCUUAAAGUGUUGAUAGCAUUUAUCAGAUACUUGUUAUAUCCAAGAUAAAGCAGUGACUGUUUGUGUGCUUUGUGUGUUCAGAUCACAAGUCAUGUGCAGAAACAGGUCAGGAACUAAUGAGACCAUACCUUCACGAGUUCCUGACGUCAGCCUACGAGGACUAUGACAUUGUCAUCUGGUGUACGUUUAAUUUCUUCUCUUGUUCUUGAUUAUGGUCUUAAGUGAACUACACGCAUAAACAACGUGAUUGAGAAUUUAGUCUUUGAGUUAUUUACAGUAUGGUGACAUUUCUUUGAACAAGAACUGUGGACCAUAAUUUUACCGUCUGGUAAAUGUGGUCAAAAGAACAUCUCCUGGUAGAAUAUAAAUCUCACUUGUUCUUUCUGUUUUUAGCUGCUACAAGUAUGAAGUGGAUCGAUGCUAAAAUGAAAGUAAGUACGCUGCAUGUUGUCUUAGUUAUGUUCUUGUAUGAAUCUCAAAAAUCGAACCAUCACAUAUUCACACGCUGUACAGUCCCAUUUUGGCCAAAAGGUGGCAGUAUUUACCAGUGUAACCCACAGUGUUUGGGUUCGAAGAGUAAAAAAGAAAAGGUUAACACUUGUGUGUGUGCAUGUGUUUGUGUCUUUAGGAGCUGGGAGUAACAGACAACCCUCACUACAAGAUAACCUUCAUGCUGGACAGUGCAGCAAUGAUCACAGUACACACGCCUAAGAGAGGAGUGGUGGAGGUUUGUACACAUACACAGAUGAGAAUGAAGUGAAAUACUGGCCUCUUAAAGCGCUCCAGUUAUAAUAGCAUACAUGGAUUUUGUUUAAUGUCAUGCUCACUUACAGGUGAAGCCGCUGGGUGUUAUAUGGGGGAAGUAUGGAGACUUUUACAACAGGAAGAACACUAUCAUGUUUGACGACAUCGGACGAAACUUCCUCAUGAACCCACAGAAUGGACUGAAGGUAGGCGGUUAGCGUCCCCAUGUUAAAACAGACCUCUUCCAUCAUUAGUGUAUUCAUCGUGCACAUAUGUAUAUGUGUGUGAUUCUUUGCACUAGAUCCGACCGUUCAUGAAGGCCCACAUGAACCGAGAGAAGGACCGGGAGCUUUAUAAACUGGCCCAGUACCUCAAAGAAAUCGCCAAGCUUGAGGAUUUCAGUGGUUUAAAUCACAAGCACUGGGAGAGGUACACAACACACAAACAUAAUGGCACAGUAGUAAUCAGGAUGUGACACAAAAUGUGCCUGUAACACAACUGUUGGCACUUUUUUGUGUAAAAACAUGCAUUGAAGGAUGUUAGCCUGUUAAGGGUUAUGCUGGUUUAAGGUUCUUUCAUUCUUCUUUAUUUAUUUAUCUCAACUGGAAACAAAAACAGCGAACAAAAUAAUACAUAUGUACACCAAACAACUGUACAUGUCAAAGAUACAUUUACACAAAAUAUGUAUGUCAAAAAUAAACAGAUUAAGAAGGAACUGAAUGAAAUAAAGAGCUUUUCUAGUCCUUCCCCUUCCUUGCAAAUUAGAUUAAAAAAAAUCUAAUUGUAUAAAUUACAAAGAUUUGUAUAAAUACCUACAUAUGAUACACAAAAGAUAUCUGCCCAACACUACAUAGGUUACUUAUUAUGAUUAUUUGCAUAUUAUAAUGAUAAUCAGUGUUAUAAUAUUCAGAAUUGAUAUUACUUCUAUGCAAUCAAGUAUAUUUAGUAUAAAACCAUAAGGUGGAGUUCAACUCAGUGGUUUGUCUGCAAGGACAAAUAAGCUGGGGUGACCAUAUUCUAAAUCUCCCAAAAAGAGGACAAGACUACACGGGGACGGAGUCACGGAGUCACAUCAAGUUAAUUUUGAGUUUUUCGGGUAGGAUCGAGUGUCUUUCACACGCUUCCAACUCGGUAAGUCCAUGUGACACAAACUCUAAACUUCCGUACAAAACCACAGACAUUUGAAGGAUUUUAUAUACGCCCCUGGACAAGGCUGGACAAACCCAGACAGCCCCCCAAAAAAGAGGACAUGUCCGGGUAAAAGAGGACGUAUGGUCACCUUAAAUAAGCAAAUGGGAGGGAGUUUCAAUCCAGAGUUUUUAUUCAGUAUUAUAUUCAGCUGGUAUCUGUGGAGAGGGUGAGAAAGGAGUAACAAAAGUGAAUUAAAUGAAAUUGCAAGCAUGAUCAAUAUCAUAAUUUCCAUCAAUAAUAUCAGAGCAAAUUAACCAAAAUGAGUCAAAUACAUUCAAACUGAGGAACAUCUUUUCUUAACCAUAAAAUUAUAUAUAAGUCAGGAUAAUAAAUCAAAGAUGAGUUAUGUAAGUUAUGUGGAGUCAGGUGGGAGAGUCAGAGAGGGAGGGGGAAUUUCCACAUGCAUCAAAAACAUAAACUUGUCAAAAAUAACACAAAACAACAAAUUUAUGAGAUAUUUCUAUUUGUGUGUUCUGUGAAUCUGUAGGUACCUUUCUAAGAGGCAGCACCACUGAGGACUGACCACGCCGUCUGCAGAGACUUGAAGCCCCCUCCCACUGUCAAGUCCUCACACACAUCCACACCAACUUCUUUGCUACGAUGAGCCCCUCAUUUCAGCUGUUUCAGCAGACCCUGCGUUAACCAACACUUCAAAGCUCAGGACGAAGAUGGGCUUCCCAGUUUGUAUAGUUGCAUGUUAUUUGUCUUUCCUAAUUGGGGCACUUUUUUUUUCCAAAAUGGUUCUUGCAUUUUUUUAAAUAAGACCAGAAUCAGUUGGUGUGGUGCUUGUUCGAUCCACUUGUGUGAGUAAAAGUUGGUUUGAGGUUGCAUGGCCCAAACCGUGGAGACCCAAAAAAAAAACGUCAACACAGUGUCAACAGUCGGGUCAAGUCUGCAGUUAAAGAAUCAAAACGAAUCAUUUCUUGAAAGCUUUUAAACCUGCUCGGUCUUCCACAUGGGUUGGGCUCAUUUUGUUUUUUUUACGUUUGAAUUUGUGUUUGUCACUAAGAAGCUGGGAUACUUCACUGAGAGCAUCAAGCAACUCAGCAAAAAUGUCAUGUCUCUACAUUCUGGCCAAUAAGCUGUGUCCUCCCCCAUCUGUGCAAAGAUGAAAUGUCCCCUUUAACCAAGGACAAAGGAUAAAUGCACAUCUGAAUAUUUAUAUGCAUAUAUGUACAUUUUUCACUCCAGUUCAUGGGGGUUACGUUGAGUUGAAAUUAACAAAUGAGAUGAAAAACCACAGCCAAAUUCAACGGUAAAUCUUAACAUUUUAGCGCCAAACUGUUGCAUGUAGCUUCCACUAUCUUACAUGCAAUAAUCUACAAACCUGUAGGAACUGUGACUCUGAAAGUCUUUUACAUUGAGAUUGGUUGGUGAGGACAUUUAACCUGCUCUUACUUGUUUUCACAGUUGCUUCAGGAUGAGAGGAAGUCACUGUCGGGGUUUUGACGAUCAGCUUUUAAUGGGAGGAUGGGGGGAGGCUUAUUUCGUUUCUGUUCACCCUCAUUGUUACAUGCCAGCUGGGUUGCAUUGCUGAACACACUCAUAUUUCGUCAUGUAAUGCAGAAUUCAGUUGGUGUUUUUUUUUAGCUUUUAUUUAGUAUUUUGGUUACAGAAAUGACAAACUAAGUAAAAAUGAGAUGCUGCAAACAAAAAAAAAACUGACCACACAAAAUGUGCAAGCUAUUACAUUUUUCUGUUAGGUACUGUAAUGAGAUUUGUGUCUCUACACUUAUUGUCAGUGUUUAUUUUUAAGUUAUGGAUAAAGAAGUGGAGAUGAUACGGGGUGGUGUCAUACCUGAAGCUCUUGAAAACAUCAGGGAUGUGAUUUUUCAGACUUUGUCAGGUUUACCGUUCUCUUUGACAUUAAUUAAUGUUUUUUUGUUUUGUUUUGUUUUUUUUGGGAUGAUCUCUUGAGAUCUGCCUUUUAGUGUUUUCCUCAUCACAUACCUGAUAUCCUGGCUGUAAAUAUAACAAUAAACCUUUUUGUACCUAACUA